UCCCUUGUCCGUCCAAUAUAAAUACAGAGCAACUACCACUUCUUCAUUAGCCGAUUCCAGUUUUUUUUUUUUCCCUUUCUUUUUGGCCCCAAAAACGUAUUUAUUUUAUUUUCUCUCUGUUUUUUUCCUUCGCUUUCUCUUCAACUUAGGGUGUUUCCCUCCCCAAAACUAGGUUUCCGCCCCUAAAAUGGUCGCCGAUAAGGCUAAAAAAUCCAAGUCCGCCGACACACUUGACGUCGAUGAAGCUGACCACAUUGACGUCGAGCUCGUCCAUUAUAUCGAGAAGUUACAGGAGGUUCAAGACGAACUCGAGAAGGUUAAUGAAGAAGCAGGUGACAAAGUUUUGGAAGUUGAACAGAAAUAUAAUGAGAUAAGGCAGCCUGUCUAUCUGAAACGGAAUGAAAUUAUCAAAACUAUUCCAGACUUUUGGUUAACUGCUUUCUUGAGUCAUCCUGCACUUUGUGAUCUUUUGUCCGAAGAAGAUCAGAAGAUCUUUAGGCAUUUAGAUUCUCUUGGAGUGGAGGAUCAGAAGGAUGUAAAGAUGGGCUAUUCCAUCAUGUUUAAUUUCAAUGAGAACCCUUAUUUUGAAGAUAGGAAGCUAGAAAAGACAUAUACAUUCUUUGAAGAUGGGGCAAUUAAAAUUACUGGAACAACAAUCAAGUGGAAGGAUGGCUCGGGUGCCUCAAACGGAGUUAAUGGUGAGAAAAAAGGAAAGAAGCGACCCCUGGCUGAAGACAGCUUCUUCAGUUGGUUUGGUGAAACCGAACAAAAAGAUAUCACUGAGCUUCAUGAUGAAGUAGCAGAGAUAAUUAAAGAGGACCUAUGGCCCAAUCCCUUGAAAUAUUUCAACAAUGAUAUUGAUGAAGAUGAAGACAACGACUCUGAGGCAGAAGAUGAGGAAAAUGGAGAUGAAGAUGAUGACGAAGAUGGUGAAGAGUGAAACCUAGAGGACAAACCCAUGUUAGACACCUCUUAGGUACUUUUUUUUUUUUUUUUUUUUUUUUGGCUCUUUUCUUAUUCCUGUUAACAUAGGAUAUCAAUUGUUCCAAUCUGUGAUACUUGUUAAAGCACUAUUACCAUAUUUAUACAUCAAUGUACUAUUUAUCUUUUAGGCUAUUUUAGCCUCCCAUAUCAUUUAAUACACAGCCCCAUCAUUUCAUGAGA